AACAAUUAGCUUAAGGAGUUUCAGCUGUCACGACUCUCUUGUGACUGUUGCGAUAGACUUAUUGUGAUAAAGUCUUUGGUUUAUUUGUGCUCUAUUUUUAGUUCAAACCGGGACAAGAUGGUGACUAAACGGAUCCGCUCAGAAUACAUGAAGAAUUUCAAAGAUCCCAAAUGGGAGACUUACACCAAAUGUUAUGAAGAGAUGCUGGCCUACAGGCUGACCCGGAGGCUGCUGGAGCACACACACAACCCCUGGUUCUGGACCGGCUCGGACAGCGACUCGGACUCAGGAGGAAGGAGCCCUCCUCGCCCCAGUAAGAACCAGGUUGAAGACCCUGAGGGGGUCAAGACGGACAGACAGCAGGAAACCAGAACCACCGGAGCUGGACCUAAACCUGGACCUAAACCUGGACCUGGACCUGGAGCUGGACAUGCCGUCCAGAAUGAGGAGCAGAUCAGGCCUGACCCACAGUUGUCCGCACACAGUUCGCAGUGUGACGAUACCAGGGAGUCCAACAAAGCAGUUCAGGGAGAGGAAGAGGAGUUCUCUGCUCCACUCCGAGACAAAGAAAAAGAGAUUAGAGCAGCCCGACCUCGCCGGAGAAAACCCUCCAAAUUAACGAGACCAGCCUGGCGCUCCCAGCGCGUGAGGCCUGUACGGCAGCUCCAAGAGGACACAAAGGAGAAACGACAUCCUUUCGCACUGUAUGGCUCAGGAGAAAAGGAUGCAGACAUCGCAGAUAGAAAGACUCACAAUGUCGGUCCUGCAGCUUCUACUGCUGAGAUUCAUGAAUCGGCUCUGCGCGCCAAGACCAGGCGGCAGGUGGAGCGGCAGAUCCAGUCCCGGCAACCUGAGCAGCGUCGGGCCAAAUCAGCGGACCCAAAUAAAACCGUGAUGGCGGUUCAGCCCGAGUUCAACCCCUGGCUCACCGAGUACAUGCGCUGUUUCUCCGCUCGCUCCCGAUAGGACAGCGGCAGCACAUCAGCACCAACAAAGCCAUUCCUGCCUCUAGAAACAGCGGAAGUUCAGACACACGGCACAUUUUACGGGCUCAGAGUCUCACUGCGACUUGUCUUCAUGGAAAACUUCUCAAGCUCAGGGAUUUUGUACAAGAUGGAGGACAAUCAUGGAAAAAAAGGUUUUGAUAAUUUUAAUAUGAACUGAAGUUUUGUAACAUAAAGACAUUUGCUGUCACUUGAAUUUGAAGGGCUGUGCAUAAUGGUCCAUUCACACCGAAUGCGUCACGACUAUUUUAAUGAAGUUUAAUUCAGUAAAUAAUAACUUUUAAUGAAUGUUUUAAUUGAACUUUGCAUUAGAAAUGUCAUUAUUUAAAAAAAAUGAAGCUUUUUGACAACAUUCAGUCUUAUGCACGUCCCUUCAAAUUACCAGACAUUUUUAAUUAGUGUUAGUAGUUGAAUUUUACGGCCAUACUUUGACGCAAAUCCUUUAAGACGUCCAGUAAAAGAACGACUUUGUUAUGGACAUAAUAAUCUACAGGGGAGCGACUCCUGAGUAAAACAAUGAGAUGAAGAUUCUUGUUCUUGAAGAGACUUUUGAACUUAUAUGAAGAAGAAUUCAAAGUUGGCCAGAUGUUUACAUACUCAUCGUUUUGUUAAGGUGGAAUGAUGGGGCAAUAUAUAUCAAGAAUAAGGUGAGCAGGUUUUAAUAAGUUUAGGAUUUUAAUUCUUAUUCCCAAGAAGAGAGAAGGAGGACCAGCAGGGGGCGCUGCAGUCCCACAACUUGCAGACUGACGUCAAGGUGAGCAGUUCUUCAUUAAAGCUACAUAAUUUAAAAAUCAUGUAGCUGAUUAAAGCUAAAGUUUAAUCAGUAACACUUUUGUAGCAAAUUUAUGUCAAAUCAUGAUUUCUAGGUUAAUGUCAAGUUGUCAUAACGAUUUUGAAUAACGUCAACUUUGUAUUAAAAGUGUCAUGAUGACAUUUUAUGACAACAGUCAUGAAUAUUCAUGAAGACUUACUCAUGUUCAUGACAGGUGUUAUUAUUCACAACCCCGCAAAUAAAUUACCAGAAAGUUUUUUUAAAUCAGUGUUUUUCAGUAAAAAGACUGCAGGUGUUUUUGUCUUUGUUCUUCAUUCACUGGGUAGAAAAUCCAGAAAUUUUACUCAAGUAAGAGUAAAAAUACUUUGUGAUAUAGUUACUGAAGAAAAGUAGAAAGUACAGCAUAGUAAAAAUACUCCCAAAAGUACCUAUUUUUUUUUAUAAAGUAACUGAAGUAAAUGUGACUAGUUACUAUUAAACUGAAUGUUACACAUAACUUAUCAAACCUCAGAAAUCUUUCAACAGCUAAACUAACUUAACUUUAGCAUCAUGUCUGUGAUGUUUCUGAUUUGUAAUAAAACCUGCAGAGCACCCAAAUCUGCUUAUUGUGGUUUAACUUGAAUUAUGAUAAAAUAUAAACAGUUUGGAUUUUGUUUUCCUGUUGCAAACCGUUCAUUAAUUUCACUUCUUUUCUCUCUCUCUGUUUCGCUCCAGGAUUUUCUUAAAGCGUCAGAAUUACAUCUUGUAUCGAUGUUGGUCCUGGAUGUGGUGAGAAAAGAGACAGAAAGUUAGAAAAGAGACAGAAAGUUUCCUCCGUCUGCCUGGAAGAGGCCCCUCAGCAGGAGAAAUACCCAGAAUGCAUCAGGAACACCUGGUUUUAUUACAAACGAGACUUGUACCUGCUUCCUUGAAAUUUUUAAACAUAUCCUGUUGUCAUUUGACCUUGAAGGGAUUUUAUUCUUUUUUUUCCACUCCUUUUGGGUUUUUUGUCUUCCUUCAUCUGGAUAUUGUUCAUAAAUUAAAACUGCUGGUUUAACUUCA